AUGCACCAACAACUGCAACUGCUGCACCAACAACCACAACCCAAGCACCAACAACUACACCUGCUACACCAACAACCACAACUCAAGCACCAUCAACUGCAACACCAACAACCACAACUCAAGCACCAACAACUACAACUGCUACAACUGCAACUAAAGCAAAAACAACAGCUGCUUCAACAACAACUACAACUAAAGCACAAACAACAACUCAAGCACCAACAACUACAACUGCUGCAUCACAAACCACAAGCCAAGCACCAUCAACUACAACUGCUACACCACCAACCACAACUAAAACACCAACAACAAGUCAAGUACCAACAAGUAAAACUGCAGCACAAACAACCACAACUCAAGCACCAACAACUGCAACUGCUACACCAACAGCCACAACCCAAGCACCAACAGUUACACCAACAACCACUACUCAAGCACCAACAACUACAACUGCUCCUACAACAACUGCAACUAACGCACAAACAACAAGUCAAGCACCAACAACUACAACUGCACGACAAACAAGCACAACCCACGCACAAACAACUACAACUGCUCAAACUGCUACACCAACAAUCACAACACAAGCACCAUUAUCUAAAACAGCUACACCAACAACCACAACUCAAGCAACAACAACUACAACUGCGACGCAUUCAACCACAACGCAAGCACCAACAACUACAGCUGCUACUUCAACAACUACAGCUAAAGCACAAACAACAACUCAAGCACCAACAACUACAACUGCUACAUCUCCAACCAUAACUAAGGCAACAACAACUACAGCACAAACAACCACAACUCAA